AUGGCGGAAAUCACUAGCGUGGAAAGUGGCGUGGAAUUGCAAGAUGGAAUCAAAAAGGUAAUUUUUUAAAAAUCCUUAAAUUUUUUGGGUUAAAAUCAUACAUCCACCAACUUUCUAAUCCACUUUCAAUUCAGUAUGAAAUUACAAAUUUGGUAUUUUACAUAUUUUAGUAUGCAAAUAUAUUAAAAGUAUUUUAAAAAUUUGGUAUUUUACAUAUUUUAGUAUGCAAAUAUAUUAAAAGUAUUUUAAAACAAGUUUGCAAAUGUGACUUCCUGUAUAUUUGAAAAAAACAACAAACAAACGCUCUUGAUUCUUUAUUUUAAACAGCAUUUCACUGAUUUGAAUACAAGCAUGGUACAGUUAAUAAUACAUUAAUAUUUAUUUAUAAUAUAUUUCAUUUUGUCAAAUAUAGGUGUUGUUACAGUUGGGAGACAGAAAAAAAUCAUUAAAAUACAUGAAAGUGACAGUCAAACAUUCGAGCAAUUGAUUAUUGAAGUAAAAAAUUGUUUCAAAAUUCCCGAAAAUACAAAGGUUUAUCUUAAAAAAUUUGACUGUGAAUGGAACGACUAUAUUGAAAUUGAUAACAUAGAUGACGUUACUGAUAAAGACAGGCUAGUAGUGGAACAGGAAAGUAUUAGCAUUGUGGCAGAAAAACAGGUAGGCUUCAUAAUUUGCUGAAUCGCCAUGGGCAAAGCUGAUUUGGUGUCAUACACACCCAACUAGUAUAGACCUGCCUCCCUGGCAGUGAAUUCUAGAGCAAAGAAUGAAUGAAAAUGAAGGGGAAAACACACAAGAAUAUUACUAUAAACAGAACAGUCUUUGAAAUUAAGCGCAUCUGUUUGACCACUGUACUAUGUCGGCUUUCUUACAAAUUUCUCAUAUUUUACUGGUUAAAUUUUUAACAACCUAGCAAAAUAGCAAAAUUCCUUAAACCUAUUUUGAUUUCAAGACAAAUAGUCACAAUGUAGAAAUUAAAAAGUACCUUUGUUUUUGUUUGUCAAGGUCCAGAGUAAUCAGAGUGUGCAGUAUUUGUCCCAAGGAGGUGAAUGUUUUAUGUGGUUUGUUACAUGUAUUUUUAUGUAAGGAAAAUUGAAAUGUUUCGCCUUUUUCAUUGCUACAAAUCCAUUUUACACCAUUAGAAAGUGGAGAAUUACCAUAGAAAUUUAUAAAACUUUUAUUGAUAAAUUAUCAUUUUCCAUGUGAGUUAUAUGUUGUAAUGUUUACUUUUAAAGUAGAAAAGACGCAGUCUAAACAAAGAACAUUGGUUGGGCAGAGUGGGACACUUUCCCUUGGAGAAGUUAGUGAAGUAAGUCAUAAUAAAUGUAUCGUUAAUCUGUGUCUGUAUAUUAUAUGAUACAUGUAAAAAUUUUACUUUAUCUUUAAAUUUAAAUUCUCUGAAAAUAUUAUUCUAUUAUUAGGUUAAUGAAGUUAAUGUGUCUGAUGAGACAAGCACAGUCACAAUCGACUCUGCAUAUCUAGAAAAGGAAAGUAAAAUCUAUGGUCGAAGUGGCAAUUUGGUCGAUUUAUCAGAGUACCAAAAAGCAGUUAACGAUGCAAGUUUGGAAUUGGCAAAACAAGAUUGUUCAUUGUUGCAAGAUCGAGGAGAGUUGUUUGCCCGUGCAAGAAAGAGAGUUGAUGAUGAAGGCUACAGUUAUAAAAAAAAAGUUUCUCGAUCUACUGCCUUUGGAAAACAGACUACCCAAUCAAAACAAACGAAGAAACGUCAGUACUUGCACAAUGAGAUGAGAAAAGAUCAAAUUCAAGAGUUAUCAGGCGCAAUUCAAAACCACAAUGAAACUAUUAGUCUUUUGGAAAAACAAAAACAGAAAUAUUCGAAUACAGAAAAGUUCCUGGAAGCUGCAGAAAUUAAUAAGUCAAUUUUGGAAAUUCACCAGGAACGACAGUUAAAAACGAAAGAGUUGGCCAAGUUGGAAAAAGCUGAGACAAAAUCAAGAAAUUCCAAGAAGAGAAAGACUUCAUCUACUGAAAGAAAAUCCAGUAAAUCAGGAGCACUGACAGAAUGGCUAUUCAGUGAUGAUACCUCAACUCAAAGAAAAUCCAGUAAAUCAGGAGCAUUGACAGAAUGGCUAUCCAGUGAUGAUACCUCAACUGAAAGAAAAUCCAGUAAUUCAGGAGCAUUGACAGAAUGGCCAUCCAGUGAUGACACCUCAAAUGUUAUUGAUCUCGAUAAGGAUGAUGAUAAUAAUGAGUUCGAGCAAAAAGAUGUCGAGAAUGUGUUGGAAGGUGAUUCAAUGAGCGAAGUUCAGGAAGAUGUAGAG